AUGGACAUCCCGUCGUUCGUGACGUCGAUUCUGACCUCCUUGGCCGUCUUCGUGGUGCUGGUGCUGGUGUUCACGUGGCUGUCGCGGCGGCCGGGGAACGCGACGGUGUACUACCCGAGCUUGCUGCUGCGGGGGCUCGACCCGUGGGAGGGGCGCGGGCGGGGCACGCGCAGCCCGGUGGGCUGGAUCCGCCAGGCGUUCACGGCGUCCGAGCCCGACGUGGUCGCCGCCGGCGGAGUCGACGCCGCCGUCUACCUCGUCUUCCUCUCGUCCAUGUUUGCAAUCCUUGCGUUUGCCGGGAUUGUGUUGCUUCCAGUUCUGUUGCCAAUUGCUGGAACUGAUAAUGCCCUGGAGGAUUCUACCGGCAGAAUGCCGUCCAACGUCACACAUUUCGAAAUAUUGUCAUUGGCCAAUAUUGAAGACCGAAGUAUGAGGCUGUGGGCAUUCAUAUCAGCAGUCUAUUGGGUCUCCUUUGUCACCUAUUUCAUCCUAUGGAGAUCCUACAAGCAUGUUUCGAAUCUGAGAGCAGCUGCAAGAUCAACAUCAGAGGUUAAACCACAGGAGUUUGCCAUGUUGGUGAGAGAUGUUCCCGUUCCACCUCCUGAUCAAACUAUAAAGGACUCGGUGGACUCGUAUUUCCGAGCACUUCAUCCUGACACAUUCUACAAAGCAAUGGUUGUGACAGACAUCACGAAGGUUGAUAAAAUUUUCCAAGAGAUUGAAGGUCACAAACACAAAAUUGCUCAUGCUGAAGCUGUCUAUGCAGAAUCAAAAACAGCAAACAGACCUGAGGGCACGAGGCCUACUCAUAAGACGGGAUUCCGUGGCCUUAUCGGUAAAAAGGUCGACACGAUUGAGUAUUGUAAUGAACAGAUAAAGGAAUUGCUGCCCAAACUGGAGGAUGAACGGAAGAGCGCCCUCAGUGAGAAACAGCAACGGGCUGCCUUUGUCUUCUUCAACAGUAGAGCUGCUGCGGCCUCUGCAUCUCAGACUCUGCAUGCCCAGAUGUUUGAUGAAUGGACUGUUACAGAAGCUCCUGAACCACGUGAGGUAAUAUGGGCCAAUCUUCCAAGGAAAAUAUAUGACAGGCACACCAGACAGACGGUGGUCUAUCUCAUUGUCUUCGUUACCGUGGCCUUCUACAUGAUUCCCAUCACUGCCAUCUCUGCCGUUACAACGCUGGAAAAACUGAGGGAGAAGCUGCCCUUUCUCAAGGUGGUUGUGGACCAGCCGUUUGUUAAGACGGUCUUACAGGCUUACCUGCCGCAGAUCGCGCUUAUUGUUUUCCUCGCCGUGCUGCCAACUCUUCUCGUGUCCCUGUCAAAGUCGGAAGGAAUUCCUUCGCAGAGCCAUGUGGUGAGGGCGGCAUCGGGAAAAUAUUUCUACUUCAUCGUCUUCAACGUCUUCAUUGGCUAUGCAAUUGGCUCCUCGUUGUUCAGCGCUUUGGAAAAAGUUAUCAAGAACCCUACUGGGAUUUUUAUGACGCUUGCCACCAGGCUCCCCGGAACUGCAACUUUCUUCUUCACGUUCGUUGCACUCAGAUGCUUUGUUGGUUAUGGGCUUGAGCUCUCUCGUUUGGUCCCUCUCAUCAUUUUCCACCUGAAAAGGAAGUACCUAUGCAAGACAGAGGACGAGGUGAGAGCGGCAUGGGUUCCAGGAAACCUGAGGUAUAACACCAGGGUUCCCAACGACAUGCUGAUCGUGACAAUUGUGCUGUGCUACUCCGUCAUCACGCCUUUGAUUUUGCCAUUCGGUGUUGCUUACUUUGCUCUGGGUUGGCUUAUAGCAAAAAACCAGGUUUUGAGAGUUUAUGUUCCGAGUUAUGAGAGCAACGGGCGAAUGUGGCCACACAUGCACACAAGGAUCAUUGCAGCUCUCAUGAUCUAUCAGGCUACCAUGAUUGGUAUCAUCAGCCUGAAAAAAUUCUACUAUUCUACAAUCCUCACACCACUCCUGGUGAUAAGCUUAAUCUUCGCCCGCACAUGCCAUGCACGCUUCUAUCCUGCAUUCGCCAAAACCCCUCUCGAGGUGGCAAGUCAGCAGCUGAAAGAGACGCCCAACAUGAGCGCCAUUUACACUGCGUACAUCCCUCCUUGCCUCAAGCCCGAGAAGCUCGAAGAUGUGCAAGUCUUUGAAGACACUCAGUCACGCACCACCUCCAGAGCUCCGUCCUUUUAA